UUCUAUCUAACAUUUGGAUCGUGUUUUUAGAUUUUAUAAAAAAAAAGUGGAGCCACACCCUUUUCGAAAAUCAAAACGUUGGCUAUGCAUGUGGCCCCCUCAAACUGAACCAAAAUUAAGUGUGAACAAACGCAGAAUGGCGAAUUCGAGACCGUUGAAGACCAGUAAUUGGCCCGGCAUCCUGGACUCUAAGCACGCGCUGAGGAAGUACUUUGCUCCGCCGCCCAAAAUGGCACCAUUAAAGGCCGAAAUCCAGGACAGACAUCCCACAUUGGCGCCUCCAAGUUUCCUGGGCGCCGAGGCACAGCAGCGUCCCUGGAUGAACGCAGCCUGGCAGCUGGCCAGUGAUCCCUCCGAUCUCUCGGACGUCCACUACCCCAAGAAGAUCAAAGGGUUGAAGGAAAGGGAGCGGAAGAGGUUGGAGCGCAAGGUGUGGGCCAGGCCGGCGAGGAUUGAUGUCGCUCAGCGUGCUGAGAGAUUGGGCGCGAGAAACCUGGAGAAGCCUGAACGACAGGAGAAGAUUGAGCUUCCCCCGAAGUCCGUCAACCGGGCUAAGACCAAGCGGAUGAAGGUGAAGGCGCCGACUCAGCCCCUCCGGAAGCGACCAAACAAAAGGAUCACCCACCUUCACUCCCCGCGGCUCAAGGACAUCCUGAUCGUGGACGCCAAGAGGUCGCCUGGAAUGGAGCGUCCUGCCCACCUGGCCGGCGGAGCGGAGCAGCCCCAGAUGAGCUCCGCACCUGGCAGGGAAAGAGACGGACAGCGACCGCGGCUCAGGAUGAGCGGUAGGUCGAAGAAGACCUACCACGUGCCCUUGUGCAGUCGCCCCACAGAGAUCAUGGGCGUGGGCCUUCCCUACUCCCGCCAGGUGCGGAUGCGGCAGCAAAAGCUCUGCCAGCAGCCGGAGUACCAUGACCAGUACAUGCGGAUGCUGUGCCAGCAGCAGCGCCACCAGCAGAUGUGCCAGCAGGAGCAGCUGCAGCAGGACUACGCCCGGCAGCAUUCCGAGAUGGCCCAGCACCCCUACUCCUCCAUCCUUCAGGAGGCCAUGUCCGAGGAGCAGCGGCAGGCUCACGUGUACUCCGUGCCCUCCAAAUCGCCUUUGAGGCGUCUGAGGGACGGGAAGCGGCUGUGCGGCAACUUUUACUACGAUUAGAACAGUCUGACCAAUAAACAAGUUCCAGAAGCCCAA